AUGCCCGGCCGCGUCGCCGCCCGCUCGACCUCCGCGACAACGCGCAGGUCCCCUCAGCGGGCCGUGCCCCCCUCGGUGACCCCAUCGUUCGCGAUUCCCGAAGAAGCAGCACUGCCAACCGCCUCUCCAAACCUCCGCCGCGAUGUCUGCGCCAUCUUCGCCGAUGCCCAGCGAGCAACAACUGGACAUCGCAAGCUUGUUGUCCGCUUGCGCAAACUGCAAGAAAUCAGUUGUGGCAUCGUUCGGAAGAAGAAAGGAAAGGACCAGGAUCAAGAAGAAAUUGAGCUUCCAGAGGAGGAAACCGUUCCAGAGACAGAAUUCAACGUCGAGGUGGGCCGUUGCCUGCUUCGCAUCCUUCCGAUUAAGAAGUCUGAGCCCGUCGGCGACCGCAUUGACAAUGAGCUUUUCAGCUCGAACGAAGACGACGAGGAUGAGUUGAGUAGGGAGACGCCCACUGCUCGACUUACUGCGAGCUUGAUCAACCUCCUGGUGCCCAUCCUAUCUGCAAAGGACAAGAUGGUCCGGUUCCGCGCCACCCAAAUUGUCGCGCAUAUCGUCAACUGCCUGGAGUCCAUCGAUGAUGAACUAUACCACACAAUUCGUCAAGGCCUGUUGAAGCGAAUUCGUGAUAAGGAGUCAGCCGUGCGUGUACAGGCCGUCUUUGGCCUUGCCCGGUUAGCCGGCAACGAGGGUGAGGAGGACAACGAAGCCAGCUCCUCUGCUCUUCUCGACAAAUUGAUGGACAUCAUGCAAAAUGACACAAGUGCCGAUGUCCGAAAGAAUCUUCUCACCAACCUCCCGCUCUCCCCCGUUACCCUCCCGUACCUUCUCGAACGAGCUCGCGAUCUCGAUGCACCGACCCGACGUACAUUGUACUCACGUCUAUUGCCUACUCUGGGUGAUUUCCGCCAUCUGUCCCUAUCUAUGCGUGAAAAACUCCUUCGCUGGGGCUUGCGGGAUCGCGAUGAGAGCGUUCGCAAGGCGACUGGUAAAUUGUUCUGUGACCGUUGGGUUGAAGACUGUGCUGGAACCAACCGCGACCCGAAUGAGGGUGGAAACUCUCAACGGUCGCCUCCUGACUUGAAUGCCCUGUUGGAACUGUUGGAAAGAAUCGACGUUAUCAACUCUGGAAUGGAAAGCGGCAUCGCCCACGAAGCCAUGCGUGCCUUCUGGGAAGGUCGUCCUGAUUACCGGGAAGCUGUUGUCUUUGACGAGCCUUUCUGGGAAUCCCUCACUGGCGAGUCGGCCUUCCUCCUGCGGUCAUUCAAUGAUUUCUGCCGCGUCGAGAACGAGGGUAAAUAUGAAGAUCUCGCGGACGAAAAGAUGCCUGAAGUUACAGCGCUUGCCUACUUCCUCUCCAAGUACAUGACUGAGCUUUUGCAACGGAAAAAGCAACUAAAGGAUUCCAGUGAAGCCAAUGAUGAAGAUGCGGUAGAGCAGGAAUUCGUCGUGGAGCAACUCUUGCACAUCGCGAUCACUCUGGAUUACAGUGACGAGGUGGGCCGCCGGAAGAUGUUCUCUCUACUCAGAGAGUCGUUGGCUGUACCAGAACUUCCAGAAGAAUGCACGAAGCUCGCUGUGGAGACAUUGCGAUGUGUCUGUGGACCCGAUCGCACAGGCGAAAGCGAAUUCUGCAGCGUUGUUCUAGAAGCCAUUGCCGAGGUCCAUGAUACUAUCGCCACGGAAGACAGCUUUGUGUCGGCCAGAUCUGAAAUCAGCGACGACGCGAGCAGCCGACACCGGUCUGAGACACCGGGCGAAGAAGAGCCAACGCCCUUCAACAAGGAAGAAGCCAAGGCAAAGAUUGUUCGUGAGAUUGUGGUCAACAUGAAGUGUCUCCACAUCGCCCAAUGCAUGCUUCAGAAUGUUGAAGGAAACCUGCAGCAGAACAUGAACCUGGUGACUAUGCUGAACAAUCUUGUUGUUCCCGCAGUACGGAGCCAUGAGGCCCCUAUCCGUGAGCGUGGUCUCUAUUGCUUAGGUCUUUGCUGUCUUCUCGACAAGAACCUUGCUGAGGAAAACAUGACUCUUUUCAUCCACUGCUACAGCAAGGGCCAUGAAGGCCUUCAAGUCACCGCAUUGCAGAUCAUUUGCGACAUGAUCACAACGCACCCUUCGCUCCUCGCCCCAGUGACUCAGUCUGACGGCGAGACCGUGACCCCGCCUGCUAUCCAGAAGCCUUUGCUUAAAGUGUUCUCACGUGCACUCAAAGCAAACUCUCCCCCAAGCGUGCAAUCCGGCGCGGCUUCAGCGUUGUCAAAGUUAUUGCUUACCAGUACUUUCGAACCCACUGGGCCGAAUGUCCCCCCCGCCAUUCAGGAAUAUAAUCAAAACGCAGUUGAAACGUUGCUGCAGAGCCUUGUGGUGUCUUUCUUCCACCCUCGCACGAAAGAAAACCCUGCCCUUCGUCAAUCACUGGCAUACUUCUUCCCCGUUUACUGUCAUUCACGACUGGAAAAUACCCAGCAUAUGCGGCGGGUUGCAGUACCCGUGGUCCGUGCAGUCGUGAACGCCGCCGAGGAGCAUUAUUCGCUUGAGGCUGAGGAGGAUAGCGAUGGCGAGGUUGACGAGAGCAUUGGCGAGCGCGAAAUCAAGGCACUCGUGACCGGUGUCAUCGGCAUGCUGGCCGAGUGGACUGAUGAGCGCCGAGUCGUUGGCUUAGGAGGCGAGCGCAUUCUGGCAGGGGGCACCGCUAGCUCAAGUGCUUGUGGAUGGGUGCACCUUGCCCUGGUCAAGGAUAUUCUGGAGCGUGUCUUGGGCGUCAGCGCUGGAACCAGUCGCUGCAACAAGGAAGAACGCAAAUUGCUAUUCUCCAUGUUAAGCAAACUCUUUAUUGCUGCUCCAACAGUCCCGUCUCGUGCUAGUUCUCGUCCUCCCGAGGGCGAAGAUCAAUUCCGUUCUAGCAUCCGAAGCGCCACUGCGACUGGCGUUGAGAUUGAGCCAGACAAUGUCCAGCUCGCCGAGCAAGUCAAGCGGCUGCUUGAUGAGACUAUCGAGGAAGGUCUUGCUGCUGAGGCAUCUAGCAGGAACGCCUUAGUCAAGGCCAAGAACUCUGUUUUGAAGAUUCUCGCCGUUGCUCAGGAUGCUCGUGCGGCGAGCGUACGCCCUCGUGCUGGUACGGAAGAUAGUGACAUUGGCAGCGUCCGCUCUGCUAGUGUCCGACGCUCCGUCGAGCCGACUACCCAUCGCCGUGGGGUUUCUGUGGAGCCCUCUAUCAUGGAAGAAGAUGAAGAUGACAGUGUAAUUCGUUCUGGCAGUGUGCGCCCGACUGUUGAAGGCGGCGUUGCUCGUAAUCGCGUUGCCGUCGAGCCCAGCAUCAUGGAGGAAGAAGAAGAAGAAGAGGACGACCAUGACACGAGCCGGGGAACAAUUAUCAAAGAAGAGACGGCUGAUGAGUGA